AUGGACCAGUCGUUCGGCGAAUUGAUAUGUUCAAAUCUCUUUACCUUUCUAAUCGGCCCGCAGAAGGUGGCUUUCAAAGUACACUCCGAUGCGAUAGCGAAGCAAAGUCCGGCGCUGAGCGCUCUGGUCCACGGUGGAAUGAUUGAGGCAAAGUCCAGGCGGGUCGAGUGGCCAGACGUCGAUGAAGAUACAUUUGUUCGGUUUUGUGAAUUUUGUUACUCGAAUGAUUAUUCUGCGCCUGUUCACGAAAGGGUUGUCGUCAACGAGAAUAGGUGGGGUCCACGGCUAAGAGCGAGGCGGAAUGCAGUGGACUCGAAUUCUAGAGCGACCAGGUCUAAAGAGACGGAGCCCGAACCUCUGUCUCAGGGUCUGGUGGCAUUAUUCAAGUCAUGCGCUGGAUGGACGAGUUUGCAAAAGGCCAAGGAGAUCAGUCUGCUCUUAGAAAACGAAUACCCUCCUCCCAAGUUCUAUGCGCAGUGCUGUGGGCAAUUCGUGCCGGAGGGCGGUGAAUUUGUUAAAGAUUUCUGGACAUUGGUCUGGGGAGUCUCCGCUAAAUAG